AGUGAUUGCAUUAACAACAUCGCAGCCAUGGACUUAGAAGUGGAAUCCGCAGACAUAAUUCGCUUGAUAAUGCAAUAUCUCAAGGAGAAUAAUCUCCACCGCACUCUGGCGACGCUUCAAGAAGAGACGACCGUGUAUCUCCAUACUGUCGACAGCAUCGACAGCUUCAUUGCGGACAUAAACACUGGACAGUGGGAUAUAGUGUUGCUCGCAAUCCAAUAUCUGAAACUUCCUGACAAGCUGCUCAUUGAUCUCUAUGAACAGAUUGUGCUGGAAAUGAUUGAGUUGGGGGAGCUGGGAGCCGCCCAGUUUUUACUAAAGCAAACAGAUCCCAUGAUCAUGCUGAAGCAUACACAACCUGAGCGCUACUCACACCUGGAGACUCUUCUCACCCAACCAUACUUUGACUCACAAGAGGCAUAUCCAGUGGGCAGCAGCAAAGAGAAGCGCAGACUGGCUAUCUCUCAAGCGUUUGCAGGAGAGGUCUGUUUGGUGCCACCCUCUCGUCUCAUGGCUCUGCUGGGGCAGGGUCGUAUAUGUGAGGGGGCUCUAUACAGGUUACAGGAGACCAAAGCACUAAGGCAGUUUGGCUCAUUAGCGAUGCUGUCUCUGAAGUGGCAGCAGCACCAGGGACUCUUGCCUCCAGGAAUGUCACUGGAGCUGUUCCGGGGGAAAGGUGCAUUGAAGGACAUGGAGGAAGAGCGCUUCCCUACUCAGCUCAGUCGCCUAAUAAAGUUUGGGCCAAAGUCCCAUGUAGAGUGUGCUCGAUUCUCUCCUGAUGGACAGUACUUGAUUACUGGAUCUGUUGAUGGUUUCAUCGAGAUCUGGAACUUUACCACUGGUAAAAUUCAGAAGGAUCUGAAGUACCAAGUUCAGGAUAAUUUCAUGAGGAUGGAUAAGGCUGUGCUGUGUCUGGCAGUCAGUCAUGACUCAGACGUAGUUGCUUCUGGAGCUCAGGAUGGGAAUAUACAGAUUUGGAGAAUUCACAAUGGGCAAUGUCUAUGCAGGUUCGAGCGAGCCCACAGCAAAGCGGUCACCUGUCUCUGCUUCAACAAGGGCAGCAGCCACAUCUUAAGUUCCUCCUUUGACCAGAUCAUCAGACUUCACGGUUUAAAAUCAGGAAAGACACUGAAGGAGUUUCGAGGCCAUACCUCUUAUGUAAAUGACGUUAUCUUCUCACACGAUGGCCAGCGUGUAAUUAGUGCAUCGGCAGAUGGGACGGUAAAGAUCUGGAACAUGAAGACAAUGGAUUGCACCCACACAAUAAAAUCGCCUGACAUUCCAGAGGGUACAGACAUCACUGUUAACAAUGUUGUGCUCGUCCCGAAGACCCCUGAGCACUUUGUGGUGUGUAAUAGGACCAACACUGUGGUUGUUAUGAACAUUCAUGGCCAGGUGAUGAGAAGUUUCUGUUCAGGCGUAAAAGAUGGGGCAGACUUUGUGUGCUGCACGUUGUCUCCUCGUGGAGAGUGGAUUUAUUGCGUGGGAGAAGACUAUGUGCUGUACUGCUUCAGCACCGUCACUGGCAAGCUGGAGAGAACACUCACGGUACAUGAAAAAUAUGUAAUUGGCAUAACUCACCACCCUCAUCAAAAUCUCAUCGCCACUUACAGCGAGGAUGGCCUACUUAAACUCUGGAAGCCCUGAGUCCCUUCCUGCCUGAUAUGGACUCUUACACUUGUCUUGUGUUUAUAUAUUCUGAAUGCAUUACCCCCGCAUACUACACUUUUGUCUAUGGCUUUAUAGGCCUGCCAUGAAAUCAGUGUUCCAUUUAAAGCUCUAAUAAUGUAAUCAGUAUUUUGGAGGGGAAAGAAACACAAACACCUUUCAGUUAAACUGGUACCACAGCAGUCAUGAGAUGGAGGACCUCUCCCAACAUCUGCCACUAAGUGCAUCGAACUUCCAAAAACUAACCUUUACUCUCAAGCCUCUAGUGGAAAACAUACAAAACUGCAUGGAUGUAGUGGUCUGUUUCUAUUAUUAAGGGCGUUGUAGUAUUGUCCGUGAUAAUAUCUGCAUGCAAGAUUUAACCAUAUCAAAAUGAAUAUGGUCAAUGUACUGGGUUUUUUGCUGACCAUUGUUGGAGUUUCACAUCUUACAUGUGAUUGUGAUUUCUUUGAUCAAUGUGAGCAAAGACAAAUAUUCAGUGUACCUUCUCAGAAGUCUUGGAUUUUCACAUAUUUGUACUAGUGUACAUUCAGAAUUCUGAUAUUUAGAAUUCAUAUGGUACAAUUUUGUUUUGAUUCUAGUGGUUUAGUGUGUUUUAACACUUGGCCCAGCACAUGUACUUAUACUGCAUGCAUGUAAACUGUUAUUGCAAUACUAUAUGGGAGUUAUCCGUGUGGUUUCUAUUCUGAUUACACAGUUUUUUGUUUUUUAAAUUAAGGGUAUAAUAUUGCUUUGCAGUGUACAUCUCAAAGUAUCUUAGUGUUGGU